UCUUUCUCUUUUCCAGCACUUAUAACCAGCUAGCUGCCCAAAAAAAUAAAAUCAGAAAGUAGAGAAAGUCUCUCAGAAGCUCUUCAUAUUGAACAGAGAAGCAGUGCCACAGGAAGUGGGAGACAGAGGGUACAUUGUGUGUUGUUUUUCAGUGCAGGAGUGCAGAAGAAUAAUACACCCCUGUACUUUUGUUAUCUCACAGCCGGUCUGCUCCCACAGCAACAGCCUCCAUCACCAGAGCAAAGGUAGGGACUCUUUGCCAGGUUCAGCCUCAAAGCACAUCCCUGGAUAUUUUCUUUGGAAGGUAAGUAAAGACUCAGCUUUGACACUGGUUUAACCUUCUCUGGUUGGAGUCUGCUUGUAAAUUUUAAUGAUCGUGCCAACAUCGAGAGAUCCAUCCAACAAUGAUCCUGUGUCUGAGACUUUCCUGUAAUUAUUCAGCUCUUUUGGUUUCUUUGAGAUUUGUGCGUUUUUGAUGGCUAAGGCAGAGGCAAUGAAGAGGAUUUUUUGAUCGGAGAAUGAUUAAGAAAACAUGUAUCUGACUACUCUAAUAUGUUUGUUCUCACAAAUGUAAUUGUGUCCUUUUUUAACAUUUUCUUAGACAUAAUGUGAGUGUAUUUGGCAUCAUUUUCCUGACAUUUCUGGGAAAUUUUGGGUAAUGCAUGUGACUCUAGGUGUUAAUAAAUCACCAGGCUGACUCUUCAGUUACAGAGUGCUAGUGAUGAGGAAGUGAGAAAUGGUCAAAGGAGUUUUGGGAGCCCAGGCAACGGCUUGUUCUGUUUCUUCAGGCCCCUGAAUUUAUGAUUAACUUACUAGAAGUAAAACUAAAAGCUUUACUUUACAGCAAAUGUAGGUGUAAUGAACUGUAAAGCCACUUCAAAUUGUUUGAUAUCUUAAUGGCAGGGGGUUGAAAAAGAAGAUACAUCCUACUUUAGAACACUCAAAAGAAAUUAAAUUCAUGCAAGGAGAGGCCAUGAGGGAUAUCCCAACUCUCAGAAAGCUCAGUCAUUGUUGUUGUGGACAACAAUUUGUUUUGUCAAAUCACACAAAGGGCACUGUUCCUCAGGGAAACACACCCACAUACACACAAAUUUGGUAGUGGCAAUCUAGAAGUGACUUCAGAACAGAUGAGUUGUAAAGAGAGGGGGAGGAGAUUUGGAGAAAGGAUACAGUGAUGUGUGCCUGUUUGAUGAGUCAAGAUGAUGAAAAAAAGAUAAAAGUGUUUCCGUGUGAGCGUACAUGUGAAGCUUACUAACAAAAAUGUUGUGUUCCUGUCAGCAAAAAAAGACAGUUACUGGCUGAUACGUUUUGCUUGAGUUUGUAUCAGCCCAUAGUGUUAGCACCUCAAAUUUAGUCUUAUCUCUGAGUCAUGGGUGUGACAGCGUACCACAAACUUUCCCAUGCAAAUACUCACACAAGUAUUUGCUUAUUAGUAUACUGCAUUUUUGUCUAUGGUACUUCACCUGUGUUGUUUGUGUGUCUUUUAAAGCAUUAAAGCAAAAUAAUUUUUAAAAACAACAUGGUAAAAUGCAGAAAGAAAGCAUGAAUACCUCAUUAUUGGCAUCAGUAUAAACAUGCAAGUCCUGAGUUUGGUUUCUCUCCUUAUUGACAAAGCUGUGGCUCAGUGAAAAAACAUUUCCAGAAAGCAUUCUUUCUCAAUCAUCGCCUCUCUUUCUCAGUCGUCUCCUAUUUAUUCUUAACUAAACAAAGUCCAAAGCUAAGUUCCAUGUAAGGUGAUAAGUGUAGUGCAAAUGUACUUUCAGAGGAGAUAAAAGGCUCAUGAGUGUUUGAGAGUGGUAAGAUAUAAAGCUAACAAAAGGUAAGAAUGUGAAAAUGGGGAAGUGGCAGGUGUUUCCGCUCCCCUGCUCCCCUCCUCCCCUCCUCCCAUUUCACAGAGAAAACAGAGCUGCAAUUCAUCAUUAGGUGGUGGUCUGUAAUGACAAAGUAAAGCUUGAACAACAAACAAUUUUGAAUUUUAAAGAUCUUGUAUUUACUUAAAUUGUUAAUGUAGUAGAUGAAUAAGCACACAUGAAAUUAAAAAAAAGAUCCUCACUUAUCAGAAACAUAAUACACAAAUCAAGAUCAAAAAGCCAAACCGUAUUGGCUGACCAAUGUUUAACGAUGUCUCUUUAUUUAUUUCUUAAGGUACAACAAUCCACAGGAAAAAAAAUGGGAUGCUUUGGGUUUCUCAAAACCAUGAUGGUUGUUUUCAACGGCAUCAUUUUUCUGGCAGGCGCUGCUAUCCUAGGUGUGGGGAUCUGGGUGAAAGUGGACAGUGGUUCCAUCCUAAGAUUUCUUGGGAAGAUUGAAGGGGCACCAGAGGAGCUCAGUCAGGUGCUCAAUGUGGGCUACCUGCUGAUUGCAAUAGGAGCCCUGCUUCUUGUCAUUGGCUUUCUGGGCUGCUGUGGAGCAGUCAGAGAGAGCAAGUGUAUGCUGCUACUGUUUUUUAUCAUCGUCCUGGUUGUCUUUAUAGCAGAAAUUGCAGGAGCAGUGGUGAUCCUGGUGUUCAGACCCUUGGCAGAUGAAUUGUUUACCAAGUUUGGCACAGCAGCAGUCCAGAACAUCAAGAAGGACUAUGGGAAAAAUCCUGAUAUUACUGGACUCUGGAACACAACUAUGAGCACUUUAAAAUGUUGUGGAUUCUACAACUCCUCAGACUUUUUGGACUCUCCGUAUUAUAUGGACCAUAACAAACACUAUCCACCACAGUGCUGUCCUGGCACAGAUAAACCAUGCAACCAAACACUGGCUGACAGUGCCACGACGCUCACUGGCUGCUUCCCAAAGAUAAAACAGCUGAUUGAUGAAAACGCUGUGGUUAUUGUAGGAGUGGCCCUAGGAAUUGCAGCUCUGGAGAUAUGUGCCAUGGCUGUCUCCAUGAUUCUUUUCUGCAGAAUAAAAUCUGGGAGAGACUAACUGCAAUUGCCAUAAGUUUCAUAAAUUGUUAUCACCAAGGCCAUUUGGCCUCAUAAGGAGUAAAAGGAAAUGUCCUUAUCUUACAAAAACUGCCUCAUCAUUGACAAGAGUUCAUGUCAGAUCUGUGCAAUCAGUUUUUAAUGUCAAGUCUCUUAACAAAUCUUUUAUUUAAAUUUCUAUCAAUCUAAUAUUUACCAUAUAUGAAUGUCUAUGAUUGAUUUCUUAAAACACUGUACUUUUUAAACAGGCUAAACACAGUCUAUAUAUUUCAAUAAUACAUAUUGCUACUGAAUGAUGAAUUGCAUGAUACCUGCGUUUCUACUUAUCAUUAGGGACAAAACAUACUUUUGUAAAAUGUCACAAUGAUCUAGUUUUUAAA